CCUCACCCACACACACCCCCAAUCUCACAACAAGAAGGAUCUCUCUCUCUCUCGCAUGAAACGAGCGCCGAGUGACGUCGGCGGAGGCGGCACAGCCACUGGCGACGACAUCAAGAAGCCGGUAUUCCUCACCAAAGCCCAAAGAGAGCAGUUAGCCCUCAAGCGUCGCGAGGAAGAAAUUGCUGACCACAAACGCCACUCCGAACUCCUUCUCCAUAACCAUCGGCCUUCCACCUCCGAUUCCAAACCCCACUCCGAUCCAUCGCAUGACACCACCCGCCGCCACCGCUCCUCCCGCGAUCACGAUUAUGAGCGCGACCGAGACCGCGAUUCGGAGCGGCGGAACCGCGAGCGGGAGCGCGAGGAGGAACAAAAGGCUCGGGAGCGUGCCCGAUUGGAGAAGCUAGCGGAGCGAGAGCGAGAGAAAGAGCUUGAAUCCAUCAAAGAGCAAUACUUGGGAUCCAAAAAACCUAAGAAACGCGUCAUCAAGCCCAGCGAGAAGUUCCGCUUCUCCUUCGACUGGGAAAACACCGAGGACACCUCCCGCGACAUGAAUGUCCUCUACCAAAACCCUCACGAGGCUCGCCUCCUCUUCGGCCGUGGCUUUCGCGCUGGCAUGGAUCGCCGCGAGCAGAAGAAGCUCGCUGCCAAGAACGAGAAGGAAAUCAGAGACGAGAUUCGCAAGAAGGACGGUAUUGAGGAGAAACCUGAAGAGGCCGCCGCCCAGAAACUCAAGGAAGAGGCCGCUGAUUUGUACGACACAUUUGACAUGAGGGUCGACCGCCACUGGUCCGACAAGAAGCUCGAAGAGAUGACCGAGAGGGAUUGGAGGAUCUUCCGUGAAGAUUUCAACAUUUCCUACAAGGGAUCCAAGAUUCCUCGCCCCAUGAGGAGCUGGGUGGAGAGCAGGUUGAGUCAGGAGCUUCUCAGGGCCGUCGAGAGGGCAGGCUACAAGACCCCCUCCCCAAUUCAGAUGGCUGCCAUUCCACUCGGUCUCCAGCAGCGUGAUGUCAUUGGUAUUGCGGAGACUGGUUCUGGUAAGACUGCUGCAUUUGUUCUUCCCAUGUUGACUUACAUAUCUAGGCUACCUCCAAUGAGCGAAGACAACGACGCCGAGGGGCCUUAUGCAGUUGUCAUGGCCCCUACUCGAGAACUUGCACAGCAGAUUGAGGACGAGACUGUCAAGUUUGCCCAUUAUUUGGGCAUCAAGGUUGUUUCUAUUGUUGGCGGCCAGUCAAUUGAAGAGCAAGGUUUCAAGAUUAGGCAAGGGUGCGAGGUAGUCAUCGCCACGCCUGGCCGUCUUAUUGAUUGCUUGGAGAGGCGUUAUGCUGUUUUGAAUCAGUGCAAUUAUGUUGUCCUUGAUGAGGCUGAUCGUAUGAUAGAUAUGGGUUUUGAGCCGCAAGUUGUGGGUGUCUUGGAUGCAAUGCCUUCAAGCAAUUUAAAACCCGAGAACGAAGAUGAGGAGCUCGACGACAAAAAGAUUUACCGGACAACUUAUAUGUUCAGUGCUACAAUGCCACCGGCUGUGGAGCGACUUGCUAGAAAGUACCUCAGAAAUCCAGUGGUUGUCACCAUUGGUACUGCAGGAAAGACAACUGACCUAAUCACCCAACAUGUGAUCAUGAUGAAGGAGUCGGAGAAAUUGUAUAGGUUGCAGAAAUUGUUGGAUGAACUUGGAGAUAAGACAGCUAUUGUGUUUAUUAACACUAAGAAGUCUGCUGAUAACCUUUCCAAAUCUUUGGAUAAGUCUGGCUAUCGUGUGACAACUUUACAUGGUGGCAAGUCUCAGGAGCAGAGAGAAAUUAGUCUUGAAGGUUUCAGGGCCAAGAGAUACAAUGUAUUGGUUGCAACGGAUGUAGCAGGACGGGGGAUUGAUAUUCCUGACGUGGCCCAUGUAAUCAAUUAUGAUAUGCCUGGGAAUAUUGAAAUGUACACCCAUCGUAUUGGACGAACAGGUCGUGCAGGAAAGACAGGUGUUGCAACAACAUUCUUGACUUUACAUGAUACUGAUGUCUUCUACGAUCUCAAGCAGAUGCUUAUUCAGAGUAACAGUCCCGUGCCCCCUGAAUUGGCUAGACACGAGGCUUCAAAAUUCAAACCGGGAAGCAUUCCUGACAGACCACCUAGGCGGAAUGACACAGUGUUUGCUCAUUGAAGCAGCAUUGAACUGUCCUGUAUUAUGGUUAGGAGAUCAGAAUUGAAGUGAAGAAUUUGGUUGCUGCUACAGACAAGGAACUGAGUUUGCAUUGGAACACAAGCUUCUAGAAUAUGGUUUACUUUGUUGGCUAUCUAGUCUAAUAUUGGUUUCUGCAAGUAUAAGUAGCGCAUUUGUUCUCUAGAGCAUCUGAGAAGACGCAACUUUACUAAAUGGAAAAGGGAAAGGAAGCGAAAGAAGGUAAUGUCGAAUUUCAAUGGGUCAUGUUGGUUUUGUUUCUGAGAAUUGAAGAACUCACCUUGAUUAAGCCAAAUAGAUGUACUAUCUUCGCCUGAUUGGAAAGGCAGCUGGGGCUUUGUCAAUUAAAAUUGGUUUUGAUGCGUAAUAUUAGGAGACUUAGCAGCAGAGGACCUGUAGUUCGGACACUCUGAAGGACUUCAUUCUGACAUUGAAAAGUGACUUGGCAGUUCUCAAGCUGGACAACCUUUAAGCAAAUAACCACUUGCAUACAUACCUUUAUCAACCCUGUCAAACAGUGAACGGCAAAUGAUGUUUUGGCAAUGGAAGAAAACAGAAGCUACUCUAGCCUUGUUGAAGGAAAAGUAAUGAGGCAGUAAAUUGUUAAACCAAUAUCAAAUUACGAAUGUUAGGAUAAAGUUCUAUUACAGUUACAAGGGGUGUGACAUUAUGCUCAAAUGUUAUAUAUGGAACUAAUUGGUGUAUUUUUAUUUUUUAUAUUUUGUUGUAGAUGGCUUUUGGCAUGGAGUUGUGGAUAUUCUAUUUUUGUUGACGGAUGACAAUUUGCACUUUUGUAAACUCCCGCAUUUUUGUCGUCCUCAGCUUUUUGUGUAGAUUUUUAUUAAUUGUAUAGAAUACUUUUGGUGGAGUACAUAAUACUUUUGCAUUUGAACAGAUAAUUUAUGCUGU